AUGAAGCUCUACUUCAUCCGCCAUGGCGAAACCGUAGACAACGUCGCCGGCCUCUACGCCGGCACCAAAGACUCCCAGCUCACCAACCACGGCGUCGAGCAAACCCACCGCCUCGGCGCCCACUUCGCCCGCCACAACGUCCGCUUCACGCACAUCUUCUCCUCUCCCCUUUCACGGGCCUACAGGACCGCGGAGGCGGUGCGCAAGGCACAGCGCGGGAAUGGAGGGUUGGAGGUGGUGAAGGUGCCGGAGCUGAUUGAGCGGGAUUUCGGGUAUUAUGAGGGGAAACCGUUUAAUACGCGGGCGGAUGAGAAGCAGGCGGAGAGGGAUAGGAAGGUGCCGGGGUUUAGAGAUGUGGAGAGUAAGGAGGUUAUGGCUGCGAGAGUGGACAGGUUUUUGGAUGAGCGGUUGAUACCUCUUCUCCGUGAGGAUGGGAAGGAUGAAUUGGUCGUUGCGGUCGUCGCGCAUGGGAUGCUGUUGGCCGGGUUUUGGAGAAGACUGCUGGUCAGGCUACCGAGACAAAGUCUGGUGAUCGCGCCUGAGGUGAAGGAGAAGAGGGGUGGUGCUGUGUUGGAGUACUUGGGCGGGUGGAGCAAUACUGGGUACAUGGAGCUGGCUUUCAAGAAGGCUGAAGAGCCUCGUGAAGAGGCUUUGCAGUCGCCGGUGGCCGCUUCGGAAGAUGUUGGACCUACUGAUGCCACUGCUCUGCCUACGCCAGUUCCGCCCCGUCUUGAGCCGGGAGAUGCUGAAGUAUCGAUCGCUACGCCAAAGACGGACGAGCAAAACUCUUCUUCUACACCAUUGCCACAGCUGUUGUCCGGUUGGUCUACGACGAUUCUGGCGGUCGACAGUACGAUCCACCUCCUUGGUCUCAAAAGGCAGCGAGGAGGCAUCGGGUCACUCGCCCACGACGACGGCCAGCGAAAGCUGGAGUCGUUCUUCAAGAAGCCGCGUCUGAGCUGA